UGUAGUGCUACUGCCGUCUCCUCCCCGGUGUUUCCGCUUCCUGCGGUCACACAUGGCUGCAGACUUCGGGGACAUGGAGGUGCCAGUCGGCUGUGAGCACUACAGCAGAGGCUGCGAGCUGAGGGCUCCGUGCUGUGGAAAGUUCUACACUUGUCGCCUCUGCCAUGACAAUCAGGAGACACAUAAGAUGGAUCGCUUCAAGGUGACACAAGUCCAGUGUCUGAAGUGCAAGCGCAUUCAGAAGGCUCAGCAGACGUGUGAACACUGUGACAGUAUUUUUGGGGACUAUUACUGCGAUGUAUGUCAUCUCUAUGAUAAGGAUAAGAAGCAGUAUCACUGUGAUGGCUGUGGGAUUUGCAGGAUAGGCCCAAAGGAACAGUUUGCACACUGUACAAAGUGUAAUUUAUGCUUGCCGUUAAGCUUCACAGGAAACCAUAAGUGCAUAGAAAAUGUGUCAAGACAGGACUGCCCCAUAUGUUUAGAGGAUAUACAUACCUCUAGAGUUGGUGCUCGCGUCCUCCCUUGCGGACAUCUCUUGCAUAGUACAUGUUAUGAGGACAUGCUAAAACAGGGAUACAGGUGUCCACUAUGCAUGCGUUCUGCCCUGGAUAUGUCCAGAACCUGGACCCAGCUAGAUGAAGAAGUUGCUCAGACGCCAAUGCCACCUGAAUAUCAGAAUAUGAAUGUCCAUAUUCUCUGCAAUGACUGCAGUGCAAGAUCAACUGUGCCAUUCCACAUUUUAGGAAUGAAAUGCAAUAGCUGUCAAUCAUACAAUACCACACAAGAAAGGAAGCCUCCCUCACAGACCAGAACGGAGUAGUCAACAGGAGGCCUGCAAGAAAACUAGCUGAAGCAUUAGAAGACUUACCCUCUUAGAACAAUGAGAAAAUAUUUCAUUAAGGAACAAUAAAGUAAAAAAAUAGCUAAACUAGAGUGAAAGAAUCAUACAUGCUGUGUGCAUAUUGCUAUUUAUAUAUCACUAUAUAUAUUGAUGACAAUUACAGUAGGAAACAAAUUGUGAAAAUUAGGAUAUUUUGGAUCCAGAUAUUCUCAUUGCUUUCUUAUGGCUAUUUUACCCUUUACAUUUAUAUAGUUGGGCUAAUACUAAGGUCAGUAUUAUAAUAAUUUUAUCUUUCAUAAAGUAGAAGGGUUAGAGUUAUUUGUAAUAAUAAAUAUUAUAGGGUU